UUACAUCAUGGUAUUGCCUAUCUACAAAAAUUCUGUCGAUGACAGUUAGACAGCAAAAUAAGUAAAAAUGGCGGUCACCAUGGAUUCUGUGAGAGAAAAAGCGCUUCAAGAUUAUCGAAAAAAGCUUUUAGAACAUAAAGAAGUUGAGUCACGUCUCAAGGAAAUGAGAGAACACCUCAAGGAUCUGACAAAGCAAUACGACAAGUCUGAAAAUGAUUUAAAGGCAUUACAAAGCGUUGGACAGAUUGUUGGAGAAGUAUUGAAACAACUUACAGAAGAGAAGUUCAUAGUGAAAGCGACAAACGGUCCACGCUACGUUGUCGGAUGUCGGCGUCAAUUGGAUAAAAAUAAAUUAAAAUCUGGAACUAGAGUUGCUUUAGAUAUGACAACUCUUACCAUCAUGCGCUAUUUGCCGCGUGAGGUCGAUCCGUUAGUUUAUAACAUGUCUCACGAAGAUCCCGGCGAUGUGACAUAUUCUGCGAUCGGUGGUUUGAGCGAACAGAUACGCGAGUUGCGUGAAGUUAUAGAAUUGCCGUUAUUAAAUCCCGAACUUUUCCAAAGAGUUGGAAUCACCCCUCCCAAGGGAUGCCUGUUGUACGGCCCUCCAGGUACUGGAAAGACGUUACUGGCGAGAGCUGUCGCCAGUCAGUUGGAUGCAAACUUCUUGAAAGUUGUCUCGAGCGCUAUUGUUGACAAAUAUAUUGGAGAAUCAGCUAGGCUGAUUAGAGAAAUGUUCAAUUACGCUCGUGAUCAUCAACCUUGUAUUAUAUUCAUGGACGAAAUUGAUGCUAUUGGUGGACGUAGAUUUUCGGAAGGGACAAGUGCCGAUCGAGAAAUCCAGAGAACCCUGAUGGAGUUGUUGAAUCAGAUGGAUGGAUUUGAUUCUUUGGGCCAAGUUAAAAUGAUAAUGGCCACAAAUAGGCCUGACACCUUGGAUCCUGCGUUAUUACGGCCAGGAAGGCUGGACAGGAAGAUCGAAAUACCGCUUCCUAAUGAACAAGCUCGUUUAGAGAUUUUAAAGAUUCAUGCCUUGCCAAUUGCCAAACAUGGUGAAAUCGAUUAUGAGGCAGUGGUUAAACUUUCGGAUGGAUUCAACGGCGCCGAUCUAAGAAAUGUGUGCACAGAGGCUGGCCUGUUUGCAAUACGAUUAGAAAGAGAAUAUGUAAUACAAGAAGAUUUUAUGAAAGCUGUCAGAAAGGUGUCCGACAAUAAGAAACUCGAAUCGAAGCUAGAUUAUAAACCUGUGUAAUUCGGUGUGAAAUACUCGUGACUAAUCAUUUUAUAUUUCGAAAGUAAUAUUGAAUGUCUAUUAAUUUUUGUAUGAUCCAAAUUGGAUCAUUCAAUAUUGCCUUGCUACAAUUAUUUUUUAUUGUCCAUAAUAAAAUUAUAUUUCUGUAAAAGUUUAUUUAGCGCAUUAACGCAUUAGCAAAUUUAUAUGAUGCAAUUAAUAACAAUCUAAAGUAAUUGAUGUAAAAUAUAAGACUUUUAUUUCUCUCCCUGAUUCGGUUAUGGCAAAUGUUUUGAAAAAUUCUGACAGUACGUCGAUCAUUGUAUUUAUAUUUGUAAGAAUAGUGUUACAAUCUACUCUGCAUUGCGUGCAAGACGAAUCUUCUUCCUUCUCUGAUAUUCCUGCAAAUUGUUAUAUUUUCUCUUGUGUAAAGAUUGUAAAGGUAUGUAAAAUAUAGACCUUUAUUUCUCUCCC